UCCUGUCAUGGGCAGUGACACCUUCCACUGUCCCAGGCUGCUCCAAGCCUCGUCCAACCUGGCCCUGGGCACUGCCAGGGAUCCAGGAACAGCCACAGCUUCUCUGGAAACCUUUCACCACUCUCCCAAGUGGUCCCAGGGAACAAUUCCUUCCCAAUAUCCCAUCUCUCCCUGCUCUUUAUCAAUUCUAAAUUUCUCCUCUAUUACAUUAAAAUCUUCCUCCUUGUUCUGUCACUGUGUGCCCAUGUAAAAAGUGACUCUCCUUCUCUCUUGUCAGCCCCUAAAGCACUGGAAUAUCCCUCACUGGAGAUGGAGGCCAUCCCUGCAGCCAGGUUUGGGAAUGGUCCAUAACAAGGGCUGGUAUCCCUCACUGGCAAUAUUGCUGCCCUGGGGAUGUUCCUGAGCUGCUUUUCCCAGUGUCUGCUGUGGGCUGAGCUGGGAAUGCAGAAACCUCCUGGGAAGUGCCAUUGCUUUCCCUCCAGCAGCUCCCAGGGUGGCUGGUGUAAGAUUUGGAGCCACCUUAAAAUCCAAGUGGAAGCCGCACCCUCCUCUGGUAACCAAAGUUGGUAGCAACAGUGCUGGACCUCCUGGGAGAAGUUCCUUAGAGAUCCUCGGGUCCUUCCUUGGCUUCUCAGUCACUGCCUGCCCAGCACUGUGCAAAGAUCCUGGCCCCUGGGCACAUGGAUCUUGGAAUUGUUGCAGGGAACGAGGAUGUGAGUAUUCUGACAGAGCUGGCUGAAAAUACAGGUAUGAAGGUGUGCAGCCCCUUCCCAGGUAUGGAACCAGCACUCUGCCAAGGAAAUCCUGCCUGCAGGGCAGAAAUGGCAGCUGGAAAGCCUGGCUGGAAUUUGUUCAGGUUGUGAGAAGCUGGAUAUGCUGAGCUCUUCCAGCAGCAGUGGUGGGAGAGUGGCAGGGGCAGAGGAGGGCUCAGCUGGAGCUGCUCUGUGCCUCCAGGUGCAGCUGCAGGACAGGAAUGAGGAGAUGCACCAGCUUGGAGACCCACAGGAGGAGAUGGGGAAGCUGCCUGGGUCCAAGACAGACUUCCCAGUCAGGAUGGUCCUCAGUGAAGAGGAAAAGCUGAAGAUUUCCAAAGAUCUCGUGGAGCUCCAGAUCGAGACAAACAAAAUGAAGGAGCGUUAUGAGACAGAGAACUUUGAACUGAAAAACAAGAUCCAGGCCCUGGAGAGCCGGGUGCAGGAGCUGGAGCUGGGCGGUGCCAGGGUCACGGGGGAGCGAGAUUCCCUGCGGGAGCGGCUGCGCGCCCUGGAGAGCAGCCGGCAGGAGCUGGCACAGGAGUUCAUCAUCCUGAAGAGCAAUUACCUGGCCCUGGGCAGAGAGCUGGAGCAGGAGGUGAUGAGGAAUGAGGAGCUGACCCAGGAGCUGCUCAGCCUGGCCAAAGAGAGCAUCCACCCCGCUGGCCUGGCCCAUCAAGCCUCCCCCAAGCUGGGAAGGGGGAGAGCAGCAGGACAUCCCCGCUCUGCUCGGAGGGGGAAGCAGCCUGAGGAUGCAGCUGCCUCUGGACACGAGCAGCAGGAGCUGGAAGGAAACUUGCUUGGAAACCAGGAUCACGUAAAAGUGGAGCUGGAAAAACUGAAGAAAAGCCAUGAUGAGCAGCAGCAGAAGCUGGAGGAGCGAGUGCUGGCGCUGGGGCAGGAGCUGCAGGAGGCCAAGGGAGCGGUGGGGGCCGGCCGGCGCAGGCUGGUGGAACAGUCAGCGGUGCUGCUCACAUCCCAGGGCCAGCUCCAGGAGGUGGAGGCAGAGAACUCGAGGCUGCAGCUGAGGCUGAAGGAGCUGAACGAGGAGUAUCGCUCCCGGCUGGCGCAGUACAUCAGGGACGUGGCGAACUACAUGGACAGCAAACCCAGCAGUGUGAAUGGACCCAGCCAAGCCCCAGCUGGCCAAGCUGCCAUGAAGAGCUUUGUGGACAGCAUGCUCAGGGAUAUCCGGGCUUCCUACAAGUCCCGGGAGGAGCAGCUGGCUCGGGCAGCUCGUGGCUACAAGAAACGCCUGAAGGACUUGGCCAGGAAGCAUGAGAACCUGCUGAUUGCCUAUGGGCUGCAGCGGGAGCAGAUCCGGUCCCUGGGGAGCAAAGUCACGGAUUGUGGCCCUGCUGAGCUCCACUUCUGCAUCACAGAGCCAGAGCUGCUGACAAACAGCUCCCGGGAGCUGAACCGCCUGCGGGAGGAAAAGGCCAAGCUGGAGAUGCAGCUCCAGCAGCUGCAGAAGAAAAGCCUGAAAGGAGCCUCUGCCUUCCCUGUGCCUCCGGAGCAGCAGCUGGAUGAGGAGGGCUGGGCAGAGGUGAGGAAGAAGCUCCGGGAAUUCGCACUCAGCACCCAGGAGGAGCUGGAGCAGGAGAGGAGCCAGCUGCUGACUCGGGCCGUGGUGGCAGAGGAGCAGGUGUCAGAGCUGCAGGGGUACAUAGAUCAGCACCUUGCCAGGUACAAGCAGGAGAUCCUCCAGCUGAGGAAUGCUGAGGUGCCCCGUGCCAGGAGUGCCAGCCAGGAGCCAGAGCAGCCCCAGCCUGGGGAGCACCCAGACUCCAAGGGAGGGCUGCCAGGCAAGGAUCCUUCCCAGGCUGGGAGGUGAGAACAGCCAGAGAAACCACGUGGGUGCUCCUGGUCUUAAAUCCACAGGACUAAAAUGAGACAGGACAACUGCCAGUCUGUGCCCAGCCAUCUGUCAGCUGCAGGAAUUCUGCUCUUCCCUGAGCACACCUUGGGCAUGGGGUCAGGCUCCCAGGCAGCUCUUUACUGCUGGGCUGUGGGGACAGGUUCCUGCUCCUUCCUGCUGUAAAAUUUUUCCUGGAUGAGACCUGGACCAAGGGCUGCUCCUGCCUCGCUCCCCCCACAGCUCCUGUGAGACAGAGACAAGGCUGGCUCAGGCCAGGAUUUGUUCUGGGGUUGGACAAAGGCAUGAGCUGCUCUUUUACUGUGAGGAUGGUGAAAGGCUAUCCAGAGAAGCUGUGGCUGCCCCUGGACCUCUGAAGUGUCCAAGGUCAGGCUGGACAGGGCUUGGAACAGCCUGGGACAGUGGAUGGUGUCCCUGCCUAUGGCAGGGGUGGAACAAGAGGAGCUUCAAGGUCCCUUCCAACCCAUUCCAUGAUUCUGUGACCUUAUGGUGGGACAACCUCAUUUUCCUCUGGGUUUCAGUGGAGAAUGGAGUAUCAUAUUGAUAAGCAGGGCCAAACUGAUCCUUCACAGAGGUGAGCUGGGAAGGAUGGUG